AUGGGAAGCUCUGGAGUUUGCAUCAUUCCUGGACUCCAGGAAGAAGAGAAGGCAGCUCUGCACCAGCGCGGCCCUAAGGUGUUGGGGGCCCUGCAAAAGCUUGGCAUCCAGGCUGCAAAGGCUCCAGUAGUUGCUGUGCUUGGCUCUGGUGGGGGACUGCGGGCCCACAUUGCCUGUCUCGGGGUCCUGAGUGAGAUGAAAGAACUUGGCCUGUUGGAUGCUGUUAUGUACCUCGCAGGGGUCUCUGGGUCCACUUGGGCAUUGUCUUGGUUCUACGCCAAUAAUGGGAAGAUGGAAGGCAUGGAGGAAGAACUGAAACAUCGAUAUGAGAAUUGUGAGUGGUCUCUUAAAGAGAGCCUAGAGAAAACCAUCCAGGCGGCCAGGAUGGAGAAUUAUUCCCUGACUGACUUUUGGGCCUAUUUGGUUGUUUCCAGGCAAAUCAGAGAACUCCAGGACUCUCAUCUGUCCAGCAUAAAGAAGCCAGUGGAAGAAGGAACUCUGCCCUACCCAAUAUUUGCAGCCAUUGAUGGGGAUCUUCAGCCUGCCUGGAGGGAAAGAAAAACCCAGAAGUCCUGGUUUGAGUUCACCCCUCACCAUGCUGGCUACCCUGCACUUGGGGCUUAUGUCCCCAUCACAGAGUUUGGAAGCAGAUUUGAGAAGGGAGAACUGGUUAAAUCCAAGCCUGAGAGAGAUCUGACUUUCCUGAGAGGUUUAUGGGGAAGUGUUCUAGCUGAUUUUGAAGAAAUUAAGAAAUUUAUUUUGGCAGCGUACGCAGGAGUUCUACAUAAAGGACCUGUAGGGACAGCGGUGGAUGAAGCGCUCUUAGAUUUAGUGAUGGCUUAUAUUCAAGACCAGGAUGACUCCAGCAUCCAGGAGAAGUUCCAGGCUCUGCAGCAGGCACUUGAUGCUGAGAGAGGUGAGUCUGGUGAGUUGGAACACAGCUGGUUGGUGGAGAUGGGUAAGAACUGGAGUAAGAUCUCCCCUGAUGAGCAGAAGCAGUUCCUGGAAUACCUGGUGCAUUGCUUCAUGAGAACAAGAAACAAGACCAAAGAGACCGCCAUAUACAGCUCUGAAGAGACUGUCGAGUACAGCUCUGUGAGUUGGAUCAGACAUAAACUCUGGGACAUUUUUACUUUUCUGAAUAAAACUGGAAGUUGCUAUUGGAAGUGGGAGUGGGGAACUGUUCACAACUUCCUGUAUAAACACGGCAACCUUGCAGAUGAGGCCAUGCAAAGCCGGGAGUUUCUCCACCUGAUAGACGCUGGUUUAGCCAUCAACACACCCUACCCGCUGGUUCUGCCUCCUACACGGAAAGUUCACCUCAUCCUCUCCUUUGACUUCAGUGCCGGGGAUCCUUUAGAGACCAUCAGGGCCACAGGCGACUAUUGCCGCCUCCAUGAAAUCCCCUUCCCCCAAGUGGAAGAGAAACAGCUGAAGGAAUGGGCCCAAGCCCCUGCCAGCUGCUACAUCCUGGAAGGGGAAACAGGACCUGUUGUGAUGCAUUUUACCCUGUUCAACAAAGACAACUGUUACUAUGACAUUGAGACUUGGAGAAAAAAAUAUGAUACAAUGAAACUUUCUGAUACCUAUACACCAGACCUUGUGAUGGAUCUCCUGAGGGUGUCUAAGGAGAACGUCCGGAUGAACAAGGAUAAGAUCCUCAGUGAGAUGCAAAAGGUGGCCAGGGAACCCCCGAACUUCCCAGUGGUGAACAAGGAGGAACACUUGGAGGACAUAGUGAAGGAUGUCCAAUGUUCUCGGAGAGUGGAGAUCAAUAUCUCCAACAACACGGGCCUGACAUUUACAGGUCCCUUGUUCUAUUUCCAGAGCGGCCAUGCUCCAGAGUGCCCACCAUCCAUGCUCCAUCCAGAGUCCACUGUCACCUGCUCCUUUGUGAAGAAGAGCUCCAGCUUUGAGAGCACUGUGGGCCUGAUGGUCUACCAGGGUCCUGACUUCCACCUGGCCUUCCUGUUCUCUGCUCCAUUCAGCUAUGCCCUCCACAGAGUUGAAUUUGCCUUGGCCGUCCUAACUGGGCCAGUCAGCAAACACCUGCAGAGUGUUUUUGACAACAUCAUUCAAGGCAAGGAGUCUCAGGAGCUGAAGGUGGAGAAAUGUGUCCUUCAGGUCCCUCAGGGGACGCUGCAGCUUGAACAUGACUCCCUGAUCAUCAGAGCCACCAUCUUUAACAUCCAUGUGGCCAAAAUGGAUGUGGUGGUUGAGACUAAAGCCAGUUAA